GAAGAGAAUCGGCAGCGGUUCGAGUCUGACAAGUUUUUUUUUUUUUUUUUUUUUUUGAGGUAGGCGAGGGAAGGGAAAAGGAAAAAAAGAGGCUUUACUGCAGCUACUGCGAACUGUCAGUCCGUGCUGUCCCCUUUUUAGGAGUGAAAGCAAAGAUGGAGGCAGCGAUUAAAACCAUGGUGAGUGCCUUCCUGAAGUCAUCCAAGGGCAAGGAAAACCUCGGAGGGAAGGAGUUCCAGAGCCUCGUGAAGAACCAGCUGAAGAACGUUCUGGCGGGCUCAGAGGACAAAGAGGCAGUUAAAAACAUGUGUGAUGAGCUAGACAUCGACCAGGAUGGGAAGGUCGGCUUCAAGGAGUAUAUGAAUCUGAUUGGCUAUCUGGCGCAGUCUGUCAGUGAACAGCAUUGCUUGGAAAACAAAACACAAGCAGAGAGUUCAACCCAAGAGACGAAGGCUGAGGCAGCAGCCAGUGCACAGGCAGAGCCGCCGAAGACAGAGACACAGAAGACAGAGCCACCGAAGACAGAGACACCGAAGGCAGAGCCUGCGAAGGCAGAGACACCGAAGACAGAGACGCAGAAGACAGAGACACCGAAGGCAGAGACACCGAAGACAGAGCCGCAGAAGACAGAGCCGCCGAAGACAGAGCCACAGGCGACUAAGGAGCUGGAGAAGGAAGACAAGCCAGUGACCGAGGAGGCAGCAGCCAAAGAGAAGAAGCCAGAGGAAGAGAAAAAAACAGAUGUGGAACAGGAAGGGGUGAAAGUUGAAGAGAAUAAAGCUGAAAAGGAGAAUAAAACAGAGGAAGCAUCGUAGGAGCUCGAGGAAGUCGAGAUAUCACAUCUCAAAUGCUUCUGUUUGUUUUGUUCGUCAUUUUCAUUAUUGUGUUAUUUUAAUACAUAUAAAACCUGGCCAAUAUACUAAAACUGCCAUAGCCCCCUUAUUAAAGGUUUUUUUAAUGAGCUAGGACACAUUUCUCAGUACUUUUCAAAACUUUUUUCACAGUUCUCCUUACAAACUUUCAGCCUGGCACAGCAGUAAAUUUCACAUCCAAAAUGCACUCAAUACACUAGUAAAGUUUUUUGGCCAGCACACACCCUUGAGGGCAUUUCGUACUUGAAAUAGUUAACCCUGAAUCAUUCUGAACCCAGCGUCAGUGUCAUUGAAUGUGUCACCUGUUCACAUAACAGCUCUGGCAUUAGACGCCCUCGUAUUAUUGCAGCUAGGGUGGACUAUACCAGGUUAAAAAUGCUGUUAAUCCCCUUCUACAUUUCAAGUGUAAAACUUACCAUUGCCCAGGGUUAAAAACCAGGUUUAAAACAAUGACAACCCAAAGUUAAGCUCUGAGUGGAAAAACCCUUUGUCACUCAUAAAACAACCACCUAAAAACAUAUAUAAUAAUAUAUAUAACAUUUCUUUACAAAACAAGAAUGACGCCUCUCCACUGUUUAGAAUUCACGGCAGUAUAUGUUUCAUGGUCCAUGUUUACAUUACAGCACAAAAUGCUAAGUUUUGUAGUCAGUAAUGAAAUGAAAGACUUAGACCUGUGUAGGUGUACAGCAACAUGGAAUUGUUUUGAUUGUGUCAUUUAGAUUAGGAAUAUUUUUAAAUCUAGCAUUAUUACUGUAGAAGUGAAGCAAAUUGCUGUCUUUGUUUUUGUUUUUCAUCAUGUUAAGUUUUGAAAUCGAUUUUAAAAUUUUGAAUAAAGCGUGCCAACUGAUCUAUAGCUAGAUUGAAUUUUGAUGGUGAUUGUGUUUGCGUGAGAAAACAAUUAACAUGAUUUGAGAAAUGUUUAGUCGUUAAAUGCAUUGUGUGCCAAAGCAAUGGAAAAUGUGUAGGAGUGUAGGAGACUGCUGUUGUUUAGUACGUGAAGAGUUUUGAAAAAGUGACCUAAUAUUGAGAAAUGGGUCCUAGUGAUUGUAAAAAAUUGUAAUACUAAUUCAUGCCUGUGAUUCAAUCAUUUUGUACUAAUAGUGUAUCAUAGAAAUUGGCAAUAGCCGCAAAAUGUGACAAAUGGCCAAAGAGGUGCAAUAACUAAUCACUAUGUCCUUUUGUUUGAGCCAGAUUUGUUGUAAGGGUACUGCAACCACUGUGUCCCCUCGCCAAUAUCUCUACAAAACAUCCGUGAAUGAAGAAUAGACACAGUUUUUAUUGCAUUAAUGUUGAAAAAGACAGAUAUCCUUUUUAAGUGUCCAUUAUGUCUUUUGUUUGUGCCACCUUCUAAGGACAGGGUUACUAUUUGACUAUGAUGCUGAUCGUAAAUGUAUUAUGUAUUUUCCAGUGUUGCGGAAGCAUAAAAAGAGCAAGUUUUCCACCUCGCUUAUUUUUUGAUGAAAUGCCAUUCUGCUGGAAUUUAACAUAAUGCAUCACCAUUUAAAUGUGGAUUUGCAUUUGUGGCGCACAUGGGAACACUAUGCAGUCCAUAUACUAUGUUGUUCAUAUUUCUGGGCCUUGUUUGCAUGAGAAUAAACAAAUUUGCUUUUGAAUAA